AUGUUCUGUUUUCUUGUUGGAGUGGCCUCGGGAGUGUAUUUGCACAAGAAUUACGACAUUGAUCGUUUGAUUGCCGACAUGAAACCCAAGUUUGCAUCCGAGAAUAAGGACAGUGUGUGGGAACGAAUGAAAAAGUUUGAACAAAAGUAUCGAAAGGAAGUCGUGGCACAACCUCCUCCAUCAUCAUCCACCCCAUCGACACCAUCAGAGAAGAAUGACUCUUCGUCGAAAUAA